GCUUGUUGCCACAGUAACGCAUCAGCAACAGGACUGAACUGAAGGGUCGUCUGUCUGUUUCACAGCGGAUUAAACUGCAGUUUUUAUUGUGUGUACUGAAGGUAUUUCUGUCCGCUUCAGCGUCUUUUAACAUGAACUAGGUGUCCGCGUGUGAUGGACAGACCGAAAUACUUCACUCCCGCCGAGGUGGCCGCUCACAACACCGCCGCCGACCUGUGGGUGUCGUUUCUGGGCAAAGUGUGUGACCUGACCCCGCUGAUGGAGCAGCACAAAGGGGACGCCCUCCUGCUGCCCAUCAUGGAGUCUGCAGGAAAGGACAUCAGCAGCUGGUUCGACCCUGAAACCAAAGACGUCCAGAAAUACGUAGACCCCCUGACCAACUGCGUGAGGUACUACACGCCCAGGGGCCGCUUCGUGCACGUGCCCCCCGCUGGCCCUCGCUCCGACUGGGCCUGUGACGUCAGCCAGCCCUGGUGGGCGGACAAACGCUACGAGGUGGGGCUGCUGUCCGCCAAAACCAGGUGGAUCCGGGUCAUCAACACGCUGACGUCGCAGGAGCAGCGACUGCAGGUGUGUUCGGAGGAGACUCUGGACGAGAUCCUACAGCGCUACCUGCGCUACAACUCCCACGCCCGCAGCUACACCUGGAAACAUGACGGAGCGAGCCUGGACAUGAGCAAGACGCUCAGCGAGAACAACGUCCUCGACGACGACCACGAGCUCACACAGGUGCGGCUAGACCGCGACCUCUUCACCCCCGCCAUCCUCCUCCACUUCAACGAUGACCUCACUGAGAGCUGACCUCUGACCUCGUCACGCAGAUCCAUUUAAAGGAGGGCAGAGCGUCACCUGCUGCUCACCGUCCUCACGACACAUGUUGUAACCAGAAUAUUAAAUGAUGAGAAACGAA